UGUUUUGUUAUUGUUUCUGUUUCUAAAUCUGCGAAAUUUGUGCUGGCAAGUGGAAGCGAUGUGAUUGGCGGAUUGUUUGUGAGUUGUGUAGAUUGGUACCGGGUUAAAGUUAAGGUGGACGUGCAAAUGUGUGGUAUAUGAGGAUGUAAUGAAUGUUUUCGUAUUGUAUCAUUUGUUGCUGGUUCUGACGCAAAUGUUCGGUGCAUCCUUUAGACAAGCGUCUCAGUGCAGGAUGAUGCAUUUUAAGUGCCGAGGAGGUUUCUACCCCAGAACAGACAAUAGUGUUGCGAGAUUUCCUGUACCCGACGAGAAAAUCCAAUGGGACAUCGACUAUCCUGAGUAUAAACCAACAAAUUACACGGCUGCUCAUAUCAAAGGCCAGAGUUGGGCAGAUCCGGUGAUUUCGCAUCCUUCGUUUCAUCCACAAUGGAACCAACUGGAUGGCAGUGUUAACCGCAAAAGUCACGUAGGAGUUUACAAAAUUGAAAAUUUAUUUCCAUUGAAUCCUGUGGGACGUACUGGAGUUUGCGGUAGAGGGUGUUUGGGUAGAUGGGGACCAAAUCAUGCAGCAGACCCGAUAGUAACGAGAUGGAAAAGGACGAGCAACCAUGAAAUUGAGCUGCAUCCAACGUCUGAAAAGAAAAUCCUCCAGUUUGUUGCAAUACAGCGCAGGGAUACACGAGAAUGGGCAAUACCUGGCGGAAUGGUGGAUCCUGGCGAGGUGGUAACAACCACCUUGAAGAGAGAAUUUUUCGAAGAAGCACUUGAUGCUUUAGGAAGAAAGCCUGAGCAGUUGAAUGAAGCAGAUGCAAUCGUGGCGAAGUUUUUUGAAAGUGGAGAAACAGUUUAUAAAGGUUAUGUAGAUGAUCCACGUAACACAGAUAAUGCGUGGAUGGAAACCGUCGCAGUGAAUUUUCAUGAUGAGACUGGUUUGUCUGUUGGCAAAUUGCCUCUUUCUGCAGGGGAUGAUGCCGUUAAUGUUAGAUGGAUGGAUGUGGGAAAGGAUCUGGAAUUAUAUGCAAGUCACAUAGAAUUUAUUGAAGCUGUGGCCGAGAAACGAAAUUCACAUUGGUAGGGUUACUUGGAAUCCGAACUAAAAAAUGUUUCCUAUGGUGUAAUUUGUUUAUAACGAAUUGGAAAAAAAUCCAGAAAGUUAAGUUGACGAUCUCUGAAAUUUUUGUAAUUUUCUUAAGGCUCAUGUGUUUGUACUGAGUUUUUCAGCAUUGUGACUUUAUUAUGAUUUCGACAAAAUCAGUAUAACACAAAUGAUUCAAGCAAAUGUGAUCACCAUAUAUAACGCUAUUUCCAUGCAGCAUCUACCCAUUUCCUAUAUAGGGAAUUCUUGUACGUUUCCCCGCAUAAACCUUGGGUUUAAUCUGUACAAGCAUUCUGUCUCAAAAAUAUAAUUUUCUAGGUUCUUUUUUGAAUUAGGUUAAUAAAUUUAUUGUUUUUCUUAAAUUGAUCUGAUUGUAAUACGAUUCUUUUAUUACACUAUAUAUGCUGAAUUUGUGACGUUCGUUGACAUUCCACUGAGAAGAAACUGAGGAAUCUGUUUUGAUACUCAUCUGUAAGUGCUCUGAGAGAGUGAUUUUGACUAAUUGCUCAUGCCCAAAGUAAAUGGUUGUUUUGCAGUGUAAUCU